GGGUGGAGCGUGUGCCUGCAGGGUGUUGAUGGGGAACUGGAGGGCCUGGAAGGCUGACUCCGUGCUCCCCGAGGUAGGCUCCUCGAGGCUCUGAGGCCUGAGGAUAGCGUACUAGAAAACAUCUCGAAGGAAGCCUGGAAAGUGCCUAGUGGGGAGGUGAGGUCAAAGCCGCAGUGUCUGAGAUGGUCUCUGUUUACUACACCGUUCAGAAUGGGCCCCCAGCCUCAGGCAUCUAGUGAGGGGCUGCUGGGGGCCCUAGGAAAGCCACCUCGUGUGAAAUGGCCUGGAACUGAUCAGUGGUGGUGCUGACCUGCCACACAGGCUACAAGAUGGUCAGCGCUGUGGUCCGGGUGGGAAGGUGGUCACCGACUCCAGGAUACCAAUAGAACAAGGGCUGUGGCUAAGAAGGGGUUAAUGAUUUCCCCAGCACCAAGGACAGUGCCACCCACGGAGGUGCUGGAGGGUUUUGAUGGUCUCCAUCGGAGUGUCACCGCUCCAGCUGCUGGGACUGGCAAUGUGUAUGAUGGUUAGGGUUGGGUGCAGCCAGGCACUCGCACCCAUAGCUUGGCUGCUUGGGGCAGCAUCUGUGCCAAGUGUGUGGGCUUCUGUGACUGACUUGGGUCCCUACCUACACUGGUGUUGGAGAAGAAUGAAGGACUGAACAUUCUAUGUGGAGUCACUGUUCUUUCUGAAUCGUCCUUACUGGAGCCCAGACGUGCAAGCUAUGAUUCCAAGGGGCUGGUGAUUGCAUUCGGAAGUGCCCAUGACAGAGCUGGUGUCCUCCAGGGGAGGGUCCCCUACAGGGGAGGAGGGUCUAGGGGACGACCACGGCCUGGUUAUCCACCACCCGGCAGAGGAACAGCCCCACCGCUGCCCCCUGUGCGGGCAGACCUUCUCCCAGCAGCCCAGCCUGGUGCGGCACCAGAAGGCGCACGUGGGGGCGGGCCGCGCGGCCGCCUUCGUGUGUCCCGAGUGCGGCAAGGCCUUCAGCGUCAAACACAACCUGGAGGUGCACCAGCGCACACACACCGGCGAGCGGCCCUUCCCCUGUCCCGAGUGCGGCCGCUGCUUCAGCCUCAAGCAGAACCUGCUCACGCACCAGCGCAUCCACAGCGGCGAGAAGCCGCACCAGUGCGCGCAGUGCGGCCGCUGCUUCCGCGAGCCGCGCUUCCUGCUCAACCAUCAGCGCACCCACGCGCGCAUGCCCACGCCGCACCCGCGCCGUCCCGGGGUCUUCGGGGAGCGGCGACCCUACUUCUGCCCCCGCUGCGGCAAGAGCUUCGCGCGUGAGGGCUCGCUCAAGACCCACCAGCGCAGCCACGGCCACGGGCCUGAGAGCCAGGCGGCCCCUUUAAGCCGUGUGCUAUGACCUGUGGGAGACCCGCUGCCAUCAGCUGCCUCAGAUCCCGGAGUCACAUCCAGGGGUGCUGAGUUGCGGUCCCCUCUCUGGAUGGGCUCCUGGGGGAGGGGCAGGGCCGGAUUGGGGUGUUAAAGGGGCUUAGGCCACUCCCUUUCUUUUUCUCCCCCCUGGCUGGCUGCAUGCAUCUGCUUUGGGCACUGGCGUUGGUUUGCCUCUUCCGGCUCCUGCUGCCUAGAGCAGCAUGUCAGCCUUGGAAGCGACUUGGAGAGGGCCACUUUCCACAGCUCCCAGACCCAAGCUUUGUCCACAAAGCCUCAGCCUCCUGCACCCACUGUCUGGUGGCCUUGAGAAACCAUUUCACACCAUGUCUCAGUUUGCUUAUCGUACCAAGUGGACAGGAUCUCAUGGCCCAGGAUGUGCAGGGCACACCUGGGCAUGGAGACUUAAAAUGAAGUCGCAUGGGGGCCUGGCAUCUGGGCAUGAGGACAUAUCUCCUCAGAAGACUAACCUGAAGAUGUCCUGUUUUGGUAGAAACUGGAAUUAGAGAGAGAUUCUGCACCGUGGUGGAAAACUCCCUAGAUCUGACUUGAGUCACAGCUGGACGAGCCUCCUUUCGGCUUCCUGACCCUAGACCUCGACACGGGUGUGUAGAUACCUGAGUCUCUGACACCUCUCUGUAUGGAGAGCUGGUUUCUCUUCCAGCCUGGCCCACCACUUGGUUGAAGGGCAGGGACAAGAAGCGACUGGCUUGCCCUAUUGCAGCAAGUUGAUGGCAGCCUGGCUUCAGAGGCAAAACUUCCCUUAAGAUGUGAACAGCACCUGAAGGCUUCUGUGCACUUGCUGAACUAGAAAGGUUCUAGUUGAGUCCCCAACUAGACUGUGAGCUCCCUGAGGGCAAGGGGUUGUCAUUUCUUCUUCACCCCCUAUUGAGUCUAGCACAGGGCUGGGAUCCCAGCUCUCAAGAAGACAGUUGUCAACAGGCUGAUGAAACAAGUGCUGGAGGUUGUCGGGGGAGGGGGUGGAGAGUGUGUGUAAGGGGAGAAUACACAUGGGUUAGCUAGGUUGAGUUGGGUUGUGGGCUGACUCCUUGGAUCCAUAAUGGAUGCUCAAGGCCUCUUGAGGGGCACUUGAGGGGCAAGUGUCUUUUUACAACCUGAUGGAGGCUAUGGACCUUCUCCUAGGAGAACGCACAUACACAUGUAGCUCUCACAAUGCCAAGGAGUUUCAGGAGCAUCAGGAUUCCAGACUAAAGACCUCAGCCCUGGGAUUUCAUGUGCCAUCCUGUCCUUACUCCAUACAAGUGUGUCUCUCUCCUCCUGGUCUCCUCUUGUUUGGGAAUAAAGAAUGCUGAGGCUGAGCCCCUUUCAGUCCAUCCAUCCCUUCUUCACAGUCUUAAAGGUACACCAGACUUGUGGAACCUGACUUCCACCCCAGACAUUGCCAAGGCUCCCGGGCUUGGUUCCUUUUUUCCUUUUUGUGUCUGUCAGGCUGUGACAUUUUGCAAUGGAGCCCUCAGCUUAGUCAUGGCUCUACUUCACUGUGGAGUCUCAAGGUGAGGUUGGACUGCUGAAUGGAUGGUAAAUCAUUUUCUCUGUCUAUUCCAGGGAGAAAGAAUCCUGCUUCCAUUACCCACAUGCACCUGUUAGGCCUCCUGGCUGGCCAGGUGUUCAGUUCCAGGCAGGUGUCACCUGGGACAGUGAGAAUAGAGAGGCAACAGAGCCCAGCACAUGGUGCUUGUGGGUCUAAGCAGUGGGAGAUGCCAGUGGAGGAGUUGUGUGUGUCCCUAAAUGAGCAGAGGUACAAAUAGGGGUGUGGGUCUUGGCCCACUGCUGAUCAAGGACUCAUAUCUUCACAUGUAAGCAGGUCAUUUGGGAGCCCACAAAUGUUUCCUCCUUUCCUAGAGUGAACCACUGUUUAGGAAAAGAGAGUGCUCUUCCCUACCAGGGCUUGGUAGGAACCUGUGGAUUCCUGACCUGUCUGUAUCCCCCAUGCAGUUUGGGUUAUUGAUUCUUACUGAACCCCUAUGCCUUAUUCUGUGGUCACUGAGUACUCAAAGAGAUCUGAGAAAGGGGAGGUGCUCCCCAUCCCCAGGAGCUUCCAUGGUCCCCCUUUCCCUGGCUAACUUAGAGGAGCCCUUAGCAUGGCCCUCAGUUAAUUGCCCAGCUUGUCUCUUCCCUGCUGUAACUGGACCAUGUCUUCCCCUGUAUUGCUCUGAAAUGUUCUUCCCCACCCUCAGCCCUCCCUUAUUCACCAGAGCUAGGCUCCCAGCCCAGGCUCCUUUGUAAGAGUACUCACAUUAACACAAGGUGGCUCCCUAGAUUGUUAUGUGCUGUUUAGUCCUGUGCUUGUCUCUUCUGUAUGUGUGUGUAUAUGUGCUGUGUGUACUCAUGAGUCCCCAACUAGACUGUGAGCUCCCUGAGGGCAAGGGGCUGUCAUUUCUUCUUCACCCCUUAUUGAGUCCAGCACAGAGCUGAAAUCCCAGCUCUCAAAAAGACAGUUGUCAACAGGCUGAUGAAACAAAUGCUGGAGGUUUUCGGCGGGGGUGGUGGGGUAGGAGAUUGUGUUCAAGGGGAAAGUACACAUGGGUUAGCUAGGUUGAGUUAGGUUGUGGGCUGACUCCUUGGAUCCAUAAUGGAUGCUCAAGGCCUCUGUUCCUUGCAUACUGGAGUUGGUAGGAGCAGGAGGGACACCCUACCAGACACAACACACACAUCAUGGCUACAUAGGAGUGCAGAUGAGAGGAUGUCCAGGCUGGCUGUUCCUGGAGGCCCCUGACAUGAAAUGAAUGUCACUCAAAUAAAUGUUCUCUACAACAGUC